AUGGAUUUCUUUAUUUUGAUUGUUUUAUUUCUGUAUAUUCCCGGACUUUCGGCAUCAUCCUUUACACGGAUACUUCGAACCUCUCUUGACGAUAGUGUCGAUGAUGUCCUCUUAACUUACGUCAACAUAACACACCAUGUUGACUGUGCAAAAAGUUGUAAAUCCAACUGUGUGGCAUUUACUUAUGAACCUGAAACCAAGGAAUGCAGGACAUUUGCCAAGAGAUUCUGUAGAAAUGACACUGCAGAAAAAUUAGCGACUGUUAUGCUCUUCGUCAAAGUGGAAAAAGGCCAAACACCUGCCAACCCCUCCGAUUGUAAUGAGAUGGAUCCAGAUGUCUUCUGCUCAGGUGUCUACCGGAUAACACCGUCAGCAGGAGUCAGCUUCGAUGUGUACUGUGACAUGGAGACGGAUAACGGGCCCUGGACGGUGAUUCAAAACAGACAAAAUGGUGACGAAGAAUUCUUUCGACCCUGGGAUGACUACAAGAAGGGUUUUGGCAAUCCUCUAGGCAAUUUCUGGCUUGAUGAUGCUAUGAAUCUUCAUAACGGGAUGCAGUUCUCAACGUAUGAUCGAGACAAUGAUGUAAAGAAUGAUGCGAGCUGUGCUUCAAUUAAUCAGGGCGGAUGGUGGUACAGGGCAUGUUACGAUGCAAAUCUUAAUGGUAGGAUAUAUGUGAACGGCAGUGACAACAGUAGGUCUCUGGUCUGGGAUUACUUCUACCCGGAUGUUCAAUGGCCUCACAUGAUGAAGACCAGAAUGCUUGUAAAACAUUAAACAAUUUAACAGGAAACAAUCAACUUUGCUAUAAAGGGAGACAACCAACUUUGUAUUGUCAAUUUGUCAAUGUGUCGUGAAUCCUAUCUACAUCGCCAGUGAUUAGGAAAACUUUCGCCGAGAUUGCUUUGGACAUUAAGAUAGGGCAUGUCAUAAGUUCAGCAAACAUUUGUUAAUUACUGCCCCUGAAUGAAUUGAUAGGUGGCGCUCUAGUUUUUUGGUUCCAGCCUAAAUCCGACAGUAUAAACGGUACAGUCGUCAAAUUUAUAUAAACGAAUCGCUACCGAUCUUUACCAUUUUGCAAACAAU